GAAAAAGUUAACCGACCAAACAUAACAGUUGCAUAGAGGAAAUGCUUUUAGAGGCAGGGAAGCAAAAGAACACAGAAGAACACCAUAAGUAACAUGUUGUAAUACAAAGAAACACCAGACAUGAGCCUCCAGGUUUGCCACUGUGGCUGGUCCAAAGUGACGAGUUACCACGGCUUGAGAACUCACCAGGGGAAGAUGGGAUGCACGCCAAGGGGUGUGAAAGUUGAAGAGAGCGAACAGCAGUACUUGUGGGGAGCUUCGGCAUUUACAAAGGAAUUUAGUCUGGAUGCCUACAUCUCUGUCAAGAAUGACUAUUCAGAAACAAGCCUCCAGGUUUGCCACUGUGGCUGGUCCAAAGUGACGACUUACCAUGGCCUGCGAACUCACCAGGGCAUGAUGAGAUGCCAGCCAAAGGGAAUUAAGAUCCUAAAGGAAGAGCAGUAUGACUGGAAGAAUCAGUGGGAAGAAGUGGAUCAAAGGAAACCUCAGCCGGUUAAGAGAACUACUGUCAAGAAGGAGAAUGCGCCAUCGGCACUAAGCACCAAUGUCCGUGCCAGCUUUGUAGAAAGAAAAGCCACAAUCAAGGAGGAAUACAAAUCAUCUCAACGUGAUCCACGACGGUCUUCUUAUAGAGCCAGAAACUCAACUAGUAUGCCGCUGAAUGUAUCCGUCAGAGAGAAUCCAACACCAACAUACAUGGAAGACUGGACAUUUCAAACAUUACCAAAGAUAACAGACAGUAGAAGGAUUGCAGAAAAUUCGAGCAUGGACCGGCCUGUGAAUUUUGCAACUACAGCAGCCACAGUGAAGGAGGAGCCCAAAUCACCUUUAGCAAUUCAACGAUGGUCUUCUCAAAGAACCACCAACUCAAAGUCAGGCCGUCAGCUCCAUGAUUUGUCUGUUGGUGUGCAGGUGAAUAGAUCGGUCAGAGAGCGUCCAAAUAUUCCUCCCCCGGCACCAGUAGUCCAACCUAUAGAGAAAGACAUGAAGGCUCAAACAUUAUCACAGAAUGUGCCAGUGUCACCAAGCAUCCACUCUGCAGCAGCAGUCACAAUCAGGGAGGAGCCCAGAUCCCCUUUAGCAAUUCAACGGCGAUCUUCUCAAAGUAACACCAACUCAAAGUCAGGCCGUCAGGCACAUGAUUUGUCCACUGGUGUGCAGGUGAAUAGAGCUAGCAGGGAGUGUCCAACAACUCCACCUUUGGCAACAGUUGUCCAGCCUCAUGAGAAUGAGGAUCCAACAUUGUCACAGGCAAGGCAAGAGACCGUUAAAUCUCAAUUACAGCAGAAAAUAAAGCUGCAAGAGGAGAAAAUGAGUGAAAUCAGAGAGUGGACAGAGAGAGCCUGUGAGAGUGUCCAAGAUUCAGUACGUACCAACACCCCAAUAAAUUCUACAGCAGCAGAGACCACAACAAAAGAGGAUCCCAAAUCAUCGUAUGAAACUGCACCGCCUGUUUUUUCCACUGGCAUGAAGGUGAAGAGUUUUGUCAGGGAGCACCCAACAACCACAUACCCAGUAACAGUAGACCAACCUAAGAGAAAACACAGUGAAGAUCAAACAUUAUCACAGGUGAAUAAAUCAGUCAGGGAAUGUCCAAAAAUUGCUCCGCGGGUAUCACUAGUCCAACCUAAGGAGAAAGACAUGAAGGAUCAAACAUUAUCACAGGGGAUGAGUUCAGUCAUGGAGCACCCAACGACUACACACCCAGCAACCAACCCAGCAACAGUAGUGCAACCUAAGGAAAGACACCAGAAGAAUCAAACAUUAUCACAGGUGACUGGAUUGGUCGGCGAUCAUCUGACACCAACAUACACUGUAGCAGUUGUCCAACCAAACAAGGAAGACAGGAAUGAUCAAAGAUUAUCACAGAUGAAUAGAGCUAGCAGGGAGCAUCCAACAAAUCCACCUUUGACAACAGUUGUCCAGCCUAAGGACAAUGACAGAGAGGAUCCAACAUUGUCACAAAGUGUCCCAGAUUCAACAAGUGCCAACACCCAGACAAAUUCUACAGCAGCAGAAACCACAACAAAGGAGGAUCCCAAAUCAUCGUGUGAAACUGAACAGCCUGAUUUCUCCACUGGCAUGAAGGUGAAGGAUCUGGCCCAGAUGUUUUCAGCUACCACAACCCAGGACACAGCAGUCCAACGAAAGGGAGAUCGAAGAGAGGAACGAAACCUAUCACAGGUGAAGCAUUUAACCCAGAAGACUGCAGAUACCACAGGCAAGAACAUGACAGUUCAACCAAAGGAGAAUGACAGGGAGGUUAAAGAAAUAUCACAGGAGAAUAGAUCGGUCAAGGAGCGUCCAAUAAUUCCUCCCCGGCCGCAGAGUUUGGUCAGGGAGCACCCAACGACAACAGACCCGGCAACAGUAGUCCGACCUAUGGAAAGGCACCAGAAGAAUCAAACAUUAUCACAGGUGAAGCAUUUAGCCCAGACGACUGCAGCUACCACAGACCAGGCCAUGACAGUCCAACCAAAAGAGAAAGACAGGGAGGUCCAAAACAUAUCACAGAAUGUGCCAGAUUCAACCAUUGCCACCACCCAAGUUAAUCCUGCAUCAGCAGAAGCCACAACCGAGGAGGAUCCUAAAUUAUCAUGUGAAACUGCACCGCCCCCAGAUUUCUCCACUGGUUUGAAGGUGAAGGAAUUGGCCCAGAUGUUUUCAACCCAGGAAACAGCAGUCCAACCAAAAAGGAAACACAGAGAGGAACAAAAACUAUCACAGGCAAAGUUCAUUGCCAAGAAACUUUCAGCUACCACAGCCCAGCAAAAGGAGAAAGACAAGGAAAAUCAAAACAUAUCACAGAACGUGCCAGAUUCAACAAGUGGCAUCACCCAAAUGAAUCCUGCAACAGCACAAGCAACCACUGUGCAGGAUCCUACAUCAUCGUGUGAAACUGCACAGCCCCCAGAUUUCUCCACUGGUCUGAAGGUGAAAGACUUGGCCCGGAUGUUUUCAUCAACCACAGCACAGGAAACAGCAGUCCAACCAAAGAGGAACCAGAGAGUGGAACGGAGACUAUCACAGGUGAAGCUUAUAGCCAGGAAGCUUUCAGCUGCCACAGCCCAGGAAAGAGCUGUCCACCCAAGACAGACAGACAAGUGGAUGUAAAGCUGGACCCAACCACUGCACACAGAGUGACGGAGUAACAGAGAACCAGGAAGCUCCGAGGAGGAGAAGAUUGACCUUAGGGACAUCAUACUAAGACGUUGUUGUCAGCAACAAGACAGGAUGGGACCUGGCUGUAGCAAGAGAUGAUGCGAACCGCAGGGGAGAAUUCUCGCUGAAGAAAAAACAUAAUCUGCUUGCAUGUUGUUUUCUUUCUUUCUUUUUAAAUCAAUAUCAAGUUAAUCUUUAAAGUAUGUACAUUUUAAGAGAGGAAAGAGCAUGGUAUUCCUUUUACCAAUAAAAAGCUAAAUGUGCAGAAAUAAAACAUACCGUUGCUCGAUA